GAAGAUUGAUACCACUCUCAUGUUUGUAUGCUAAAUAUGAAGCUACUGCCAGCAGCUGUUUAGCUUAGCUUAGCACAAAGACUGGAAACCGGUGGAAACAGCCAGCCUGGCUCUGUCCUAAGGUAACAAAAUCCAACUACCAGCACCUUUAAAGCUCUCUAAUUUGCGAGUUGUGUCUCGUUUGUUUAAAACUGAAGGGUAUAAACGAAAAAUUGGAGUCUUACUGUAAACAUGAGGCUGUAGCAGAAACUACAGAAAGUCACUACACCCAGCCAAGAAAUAUUUUCUUGUUCACCAACAUGCCUGUUCUCACUUUCCAACACAUCAAAAUUCCAUCAUAUUAACUCUUCCAUCAUAUUAACGUAAUUUAACUCUAGAAGGUCUUAAUAUGACCCCAUAGACACACAAACCCCACCCUUAAGAGAAGUGAAAUACCUGUCCUUUUCCAUAGCUCCAGAUUGUCGUUUAUUAUGCCCACACACCUCAUUGACACCUCACAUCUGACAAAAACACUGCUGCGUGUUCGUCAGCUCAGUGCUCUUUGCGUCAUUUCCUGCCGUCAGGGCUUGUGUAGAGAUGUUUUUGUGGAAGUGGGAUAUUGCCAUGUGCCAAAGGCUCAUCAGAGGAUACUAGAGAUCAUAAGCAUGCUCAUGAUUGAGUAAGGCCCCAUGGGAGGAAAUCAUUUGGACAGAGUGCCCAGUGUCAGAUGUCAGUAACAGUGCAAAUCGCUUACUCUUUGAGGACAGGCUCACAUGUAUAACACAAUUUUUUUUUCAAGUCUUAGACUAGAUUUUUACAUGCUUUAUUCUGAGUAUUACAAGCUGUGUUUUCACUGAAUACAACACAUGUGAUGCGUAUGUACUUAACUGAAAAGCACUUGUUUAAGUCAAAGAGCAUUUCUGUUUCAAUCAUCAUUUUAUUAUUCCUUUGUCUCCUGCUGACACAUUAGUUUUAUCUCCAUUUUCUCCUGGGUCCUGCUACUAGAACAUUUGAUGGCUCUUGAUCUGACCUGUGAGCAGUACUUCCCUCUUCCUUUUCCUUUACUUUCUGGCAAUGAGCAGAGUCCACACACCCCAGUGAACAGAAUCACCUCUAUUUAACCCUGUUAUUUGGCUCACAGACACAUAAGCUGUGCAACUCGUGUCAUCCCCGGCAUUCAUCCGUCUCUACUCUGACCAGUUAAUAUGAUCUGGCUUUGCAUCACAUCGGUGUUGUUGAUUACUCUAGUCAUCUCUGAUCAAAAUAUUAACGCAAGCCACAUCAGAGUUUUCCCAGCAACAAACCAAAGUAUUGCUGGAGUCUUCCAAGUUAGCUACAUAAAUGACUUCAGCCAGCAUGAAUAUGCCUUCAAUGCCUCUGAAGCUCGGAGGGUCUGCUUGUCCUUCAGAGUGAACAUUGCCUCAAAAGCACAAGUACAAGAAGCUCUCAUCAGAGGUUUAGAAACAUGCAGGUUUGGAUGGAUUGAUGAACAUUUUGCAGUCAUUCCCCGCAGCAGGGCCCUUUCUAAUUGUGGCCGUAACCAGACGGGCUUGGUGACAUGGCGAGCCUCUGUUACACAAAAGUUUGAUGUGUUUUGCUUUAAUGAAACAGAUGCGGUGACACAAUUGAAGGAUACAACAACUGAUAACCCUUUGAGCAGCAGGAAUAACUCGGGGCAAACUCAGUCUCCUUCUAAGGCAGCAGACUCCACCCAGACCUUGCACUCUACAUCUUCCUCCUCCCUUCUUCCUUCUUCCUCUUCAACUCCUAAAACCAUAGACAGUGAGGCAGAACCAGCCCAGUUUGUCAGCAAUGCACAGGGCUCUGCUAGAGAAAAGGCUAUACUCAUCACCUCAACUUGUGCUCUUCUCCUUAUUGUAAUAAUCAUCCUUGCAUACAUAAAAAUGAGAAGGAGUCGUGUUCUGAGCUCUGACAUGAAACAGCAGCAAGAGUACAUCCAGACAGAAGAGUGGACAUGUUCGAAGAAUAUAAAGGAAACCAAGGAAGAUACUCAGGAAGAUGAAAGAAUAGAAGUGGGUGACAAUGCAAGUUAAACAUUUUUCUGAUGAGAUAUUUUUAAGAAGCACUCCAUGGACAACUACUGAGGAAUAUUCUUUUUAAGGACAAAGAUGAGUCCCUUGUGUCUUUGUUUUGUGUGAAAGUAAUGACAGAAUGGCUGUAAAGUGCAUUUAUUUUUGUAUAUGUUAUAUGUUUGUUAGCAUUUUCAGUCAUCUGAUGUCAUUGGCAAUGGUGCAGUGUAGCCACUAGAUGGCAUUGCAAUACAAUAUUGAGAAGACUGAAGACUUUAUUCUUUUAACGUAAUGUUUGCUUCAGACAAUGAACAUACAUGUAAAUGCAACAUUUCUACAACAAUUUCAAGCACUUUUUAAAAAGGCAUUGUCAUUAUGAACUUAGGUAUCUCCCAAAUCUUUCAAUAUAUUGAUAUCUUUCCAAAAACUGACUGAAACCUCUUUUAAACAAGCUAUUUAAGGGAGAGACAGAGGAAAUGUCCCAGACAUCAUUUAUUUCUUAUCAGAGUUGUCUGAACCAACAUUGUGUAAAGCUCUCUCGACCAUAAGUGUUCUUAUGUCCGAUGUACAGUGUAUACAGUAACUGAAACUUCAAGUUUAUGACAUCACAAAAUGGAGUGUAAGGUACAAUUGUUUAUACGUGGUGGGUUUGUGUAAUGACAAACAUGUAAAUCUACUUCACACAUGUCUGGCCCUCCACAGCUUUUGUCUAAACCUUUGAGAGCCAAAGUGCAUCCAGUCAUCCAAGGCAUGUGUCUUCACUUUAUCAAACUCCUUUGUUAUCAACUUGUGACCAGCUAAGCAUUGCUUUUUAAUUGACAGGAUAUUGUAUUUUUCAUCACAGUCACUCACUGGCACUUUUCAAAAUAAAGGCAAAUGGUGAUUACUGAGA